AUGGACCGCCUGCUAAUGGCCCAGGCGGUGGCGGCGGAUUCGGUUCGGCACUGCUGGUGUGUGCCUGAUGCAGGUGGGCAAGGGGAAGGGGCAGAUGAACAGCUUGGGACAGAGCUAGAGUUUCUACACGCAUCUCUCCACGUCCCCCACCCACACCCCCGCCCCUCCCCUCGCCCACCCAUCUCCCUAUUUCCCCUCGACUGGCGCAUCUGCCCCCUUCCCCCCUUCCUCCCCCUCUCGGCGACCCGACUCCCCGUUUCCCCUCUUACCGGCACGGCUCCCCCCUUCCCCCUCCACCCACCCCCUCUCCUCGCCCACCCAUCUCCCCGUUUCCCCUCUUACCGGCGCAUCUCCUCCCUUCCCCUCCCCUUUCGCGCCUCCCUCUGCUGCUUUCCGAUUGCGAAACGUGUGCUUCCCGGACUUGGCCUCCUUCUCACCCUCCUGCUGCCACCUCUCCCGUGCCUGCCAGUGUGA